AGUCCAACUGUGCAAGAGUAUCGGAAGCAUCACUCCCAAACCGUCUGGUACAUGAUGUCGCCCUCCUAUCGAACCCAAGAAGACGUGGGAUCCUUGGCUUGGUGUUAUAUCCCAAAAUGAUCAAUCGUCACCAUCUUCAGGUAACUAUCUGAAUGCAUGAGCCGGUGCCAAUCCGGUUGCUGCUCCACGCCGACUCGUCUUAAAGAUGAAGAACGCUGGGCAGCGCCGGAGCGGCUGAGAUUAUACGGCUGUGAACUUGAUCUGGAUAAUACCAGCGAAAGGAUCAUGCUUCUUCCUCUCCCUUCUGUUUCGUCAGGGUUGAAUCCUAACUCUCGCAGAUCUUGAAAACACUCCCAAAACAUACUUAAGCAAUCAUGGCACCCUCGGCAGUCUCCCCAGUUCAGCAGCACGCCUUUGCCGCCAAGAAGGCACUCGGUGCCGCCGUUGGCGAAGGCGGCGCGGCUCCGCUGAGCAAGGCCCUGACCGACAUCAUGGGCAACUGGGACAAGUUCUCGUUCGCCCCUAUCCGCGAGAGCACGGUUUCGCGGGCCAUGACUCGCCGCUACUUCAAGGACCUCGACACGCACGCCGAAUCCGACGUGGUCAUCAUCGGCGCCGGCUCGUGCGGGCUCAGCUGCGCCUACACGCUGGGGACGCUGCGGCCGGACCUGCGCAUCACGCUCAUCGAGGCGGGCGUGGCUCCCGGCGGCGGCGCCUGGCUCGGCGGGCAGCUCUUCUCGGCCAUGGUGCUCCGCAAGCCGGCCGACGCCUUUUUGCGCGAGGUGGGCGUGCCCUACGAGGACGAGGGCGACUACGUCGUCGUCAAGCACGCCGCCCUCUUCACCAGCACGGUGCUCUCACGCGUGCUGGCCAUGGACAAUGUCAAGUUGUUCAACGCGACAGCUGUGGAGGAUUUGAUUACCCGUCCUGCUGAUGAGGAUGAGGAGGGUAGCGGCGCUGGAGGAGUGAGGGUCGCCGGUGUGGUCACCAACUGGACCCUGGUUAGCAUGCACCAUGAUGAUCAGAGCUGCAUGGACCCGAAUACCAUCAACGCGCCCGUUGUGGUAUCUACGACGGGACAUGAUGGCCCCUUUGGCGCCUUCUCGGUUAAGCGUCUCGUCAGCAUGAAGCAGCUUGAGCAGCUGGAGGGCAUGCGCGGGCUGGAUAUGCAGCGCGCCGAAGACGCCAUUGUCAAGAACACGCGUGAGAUCGUGCCGGGCCUCAUUGUCGGCGGCAUGGAGCUGUCUGAGAUUGACGGUGCCAACCGCAUGGGCCCCACGUUUGGUGCCAUGGCCUUGAGCGGUGUCAAGGCGGCCGAGGAAGUUCUCAGGGUCUUUGACCUUCGCAAGAAACAGAACAGUCUCUGAGCUGGUUGGUUGGCCGCUCGCAAUAGUCAGCGAACACGGAAUCACGCCUGGG